AUGCCUUCCGUUCAAAUGCGUUCUUCUCCGUCUACCUCACCGCCGGCGACGACGACGGUUACCGAUCUCAAACAACGAGUCAUCGCCUGCCUCAAUCGUCUCUCCGAUCGCGAUACGCUCUCUCUCGCCGCCGCAGAGCUCGACUCAAUCGCUCUCAACCUCUCACCGGAGACUUUCUCUCUGUUUAUAAACUGUCUCCAGAGCACAGACUCCUCCGCGAAAUCUCCUGUUAGGAAACACUGCGUCUCUCUCCUCUCCGUCCUCUCUCGCUCCCACGGCGAUUCCCUCGCUCCUCACCUCCCAAAAAUGAUCUCCACCGUCCUCCGACGCCUCCGCGACCCCGACUCAUCCGUCCGCGCCGCCUGCGCAACCGCUUCCGUCGAUAUGACCACCGGCAUCACCGGAUCUCCGUUCUCCACCAUCUCCGCACCACUGAUCGAAACCCUAAUUCACGAUUGCGAUCCCAACGCCCAGAUCGGCGCCGCCGUAUGCCUCGCCGCAGCGGUAGAAGCCGCAGACGAUCCCGACCCCGAUCAAUUGCAGAAAUCGCUCCCGAAGAUCGGGAAAUUGCUGAAAUCGGAAGGUUUCAAGGCCAAACCGGAGCUUCUCGGAGCCAUCGGAAGCGUAAUCGGAGCCGUCAACGGCAGAAACAGCGAGAAAUCGGUUUUGGAUUGGCUUUUACCAAACGUCUCCGAGUUUCUCAGCAGCGACGAUUGGCGCGCGAGGAAAGCCGCUGCAGAAGCUCUGGCGAAAAUAGCCACGGCGGAGGAAGAAUUAGCUCCGUUGUAUAAGAAAGCCUGCGUUUGUAUCUUAGAGAGCAGGAGAUUUGAUAAAGUGAAGCUUGUUAGAGAGACGAUGAAUCGUACUUUGAGCUUAUGGAAGCAGCUUGAAGGUGACUCAACAGAGAUCUCAGAGCCUUCUUCUUCCUCUUCAUCCUCCUCCAAAUCAGUUUCUUCUGGAAAAAGAAGCAGCAAGGAAGCUGCGGCGGAGUUGAAAGGAGGAGCUAAACGGAUUUUGUUCCCGGCGAAGCCAAAACCAUCGAAGGUGAAAGAGAAUGGAGCUAAGAAGUCGCAAGUUGUUGUUGUUGUACAGAGUAGUGAUGAGGAGAGUCAUGAAGGAACUAGUGGCUCUUCUUCUUCUUCGUCGGCUCAGGCGAAGAAUGCGGAAGAGAUGGCGCUGAUAAGAAACCAGAUUAGUCAGAUUGAGAAGCAACAGUCGAGUCUGUUGGAUCUCUUCCAGAGGUUCAUGGAGAGCUCUCAAAACGGAAUGCAAUCGCUGGAGAGACGAGUGCGUGGUUUAGAGACGUCACUGAGCGUGAUCUCGACUGAUUUGUUAGUCUCUCGCACCAUAACGCAAAACGGAAACCACAAACGCAACGCUUGUUUACAGAACUGA